UCAAACACUGAUAUUGUAUCAUAAUUCAGAGCAUAGCAAGUGGAAUUGAUUACUUAUACAUAUCUGAAAUUCCAUCAGAAUUUUCCAACCUGGCUGAAAUGAGUGGACUGUUGCCAUGGGAAUAUGUGUAAAGUUAACUGAAAUGGGUCACAAUCAUCCGGUUAGGUGGAACUGAAUGGCGUGUCUGAUGGAAUCAAAACAAUGAUAUUGAUUUACAAUCCAUCCGUGACGAACCGCCAGGAUCGAAGUAGCGGCAGUUAUCCAUUAUACAAUGAGCUUGUUAUUAAGCUUGGGAUCUUCAGGGAUAGCCAUAAACAAUCAGUUUGCAAAGACAAAUGAAAAUGAUAUUUUUCUGCCGAAGGGAUUUGUGCCAUAAUCUGCAAAGGUGAUGAACGGAGUGGAUUACAAUCUCGGGGGCAAGCAGGGAGAUUGAUUUGACGACCGAGUGACCACAGUGAGACGAGCACGUUUAAGAAGUGUGUUGAAAGUGGAAACAUGCAGGGACCGAACAGAAGGUCGGCAAGGUGUCAACAAAUAGGUUAACAAAAUGGUGAUGGUCGGACGAAAAAUUAUAGCCACGGUGUGACGAGAAACGAGACAAUCUAGUUGAAAAGUAGAUACCUUUGAGUCGAUAUAUGGUAUGGUUAGCAAAGAAGAAGGCUGGGGUGAAGGACAGCGCGACUAGGUUGACAAAGGGGUGAUAUGCAGGUUGACAAAAAGUGGCGAUCCGGUUGACGAAUGGGUUAAGAAAAGGUUGAUGAAGGGGUAACGAAAACAGUGUGACGAAGGGGUGACGAAAACGUUGAUGAAGGGGUGACGAACAGAUUGACGAAGCGUGGCGAUCGUGCUGACGAAGAGUCGACGAACAGGUUGAUGAAGAGAUGGCAAUCGGAUUGACGAAGUAGUGACGAAUGGUACGUUGGCGAAGACAUGGGCGGGAUGACAAACUGGUAGCGAAUGUAUUGGCGAUAUAGUGAUGACCGGGGAUAAACAGUAACACAAAAGGUUUUGAUGAAGAAAAUGACAACUCACUUUAAAUGGAUAUGAAAAAAGGGUGACGAACAGAGAUAGAACCAGAGUUAUUAACAUCAGUUUUGAUUAGAUGUCGAUUAACGGAAUGGCGAAGUAUCGACUAUCAUCUAAACAAAAUCUACAAUGAACUGUGUAACGUGAAAAAGUGGCAUUUUCAUUCGGGAAAGGGUGACGAUUUCGGUCGAAGAGAGUGUGACGGACAGGAAAAUAAGCUGGGUGGCGACAAAACGUUGCCAAGCUAAAGACAAACUGAUUGACGAAAGGGUCAGUGACGACUUAGUGACACGAACUAAAAAAGACAUUUGGACGAGAAAAGCGACGAUCCAAAUUGGGUGUGAAGAACGGUGAGGUUGACCAGCGGGUGACGAAUUUGUUGACUGUUGACGAAUGUGCGCGAUAAAAGGGAAAAUAAGACAAAUAAUAUAGUGAUGUGAUAACUGGCGAUCAAGCUUAAAAGGGAUUGACGAACGGGUUGAUGUAAAUGUGAUUUUACAGGGAAGCGACUUGGAGACCGCAACGAAGGCGAGUGACUGGCGGACGGAGUGGUACGAUGUCAUCUCAGGAUAGUGAAACGAAAACUGUCAAUGAAGCACCAAACUCAAUCAAUGCGGUUCAACCUAGGAACCUCACUGUGGAUGUUAAUCUGACAGUUAGUUCACCCACUUGUAUUGACAAUAAGGAGGGGCUUAAUCAGACUAAUGAAAUUAAUUCGAAUUAUCAUCGUGGUAUGAUUAAAACAAAUGAACUACAAAAAUCGCAACAUCAUGCGAGAAAUACAUUGAAGGCAAUUGUCUCUACAGGCCAUGAACCGGAAAAAGAAGAUGGACCGAGAUUUUUCAAAUCAUCAAAUAUGCCACAUCCUCAAGAACAACAAAGUCAAAUGCUGCCGGCUACUUUUAUGAUAUCGGCGGCCACAAACCUGACGGUAAGUUCUUUACCAAAGCAACAGAUACCAAGGCUGGAUAAUGACGAAUCAUCAGAUAUCCGAAAACAACGCCCUGUGAUGUUAAAUCUUCCUUGCGAUAGCAAGGAAACGGUCGCCAGUUCAGCCACACUUAAAAAUCCAGCUUUUACCUUAAACAUGGACUCUCCAAUAUCUAUCAUCAAUCAUCAAUCGCUUCCCCAAUGCUCUGUGCUAGAAAGCCCAUUGUCACCGCCUAUAAGGCCGAUACGAUUUGUCGUCCCCUUUUCAGGUGACAUUCAUUCCCCAACUGACAAAAGCAACCGUAUUCCAACCUCUGAAAAUGAAAGUAAAACGACCGGAAGCCACAAGCGUCAUAAGACAUCACGAGACUACCAUGGUUUACAAACGUCAUGUUAUUCCGACGCUUCACCUGUUGAAAGUCCAUUGACUUUUGUACAACCGUCACUGCCAGAAUUGCUGUUUGCUGUUCCCAUGCCAAGUACUGGGCCAUCACCUACUGGUGUUAAUAGACCAUCUUCGUAUAUGCAAACAGAGAACAUCGCCAAAUCGCAAUCGCCACCUCUUGCAAAGGUGUCUUCCCCAUCAUUUCUCAAUCCUACCCCAAGUGAUAUAUUCAGGAAACAAUCGUCAUAUGCACAACAAACAAUGAUUCCUGGAGAUAUCACUGUCAACAAGUCUAGUGUACCCCCUAUACAUCUAUCUCCGAAAAUGACAGGUCCCUCUUCAAAUGUGUCUCCGACAACUGUAUUGAAUUUUUCCACAUUACGAAUGUCCCCACCCUCUUUACAUGUAUUCCCAGUCAAUAUGGAUGCACCACUUAAAGCUUUUCAAUUCACGCCCAAAGAUGAUAGGCAUCUACACCCAUAUAAUCAGUCACCAACUUCUCCGCAAAACCCCUUACAAUCAUCACUCUCUGGUUUUCCUUUGACAAGGCCGACAAGUACAAUAUCAUUCCAAGAUCCUUUCCCCAGCUCACACAUGCAUAUCACUGAACUUUCGCCUAAUGAUCAUUCGGCGGAUUCCAGCACAAUGACCGCACUUUCUCAUUUGUAGACUUGUUAAAUGACCAGCAAAGGUUUACUGAACACGAAGCAACUCUAAACAAUAGCACCGAUGUGCCUGUGUCUUUUUCAACAACGUCCCCCGGUCAAGGACUACACUCACCUCAAUCUGAUGUUUCUCCUUCAUGGGAAGCAAACAACAACAGCAGCAUGGGUCUACCCAGUCCGGGUUUAGGUGUACGACAGAUACAAUCACAAUUUGUCUCUUUGAAUGCCGCCAUUGCCAUCCCUCAAAGUGAGAAUGUAUUCGAAUCUGAAGAAUCACUGCAUCAUCAAGGGAAUCAAUCAAAAACAAAUAAUAAGACCAAGACAAAAAGAGACAAUCUCGCUAGUCGUGCUACCUUCCAAUGCUCUACUUGCUACAAGGAGUUUGAUCAGAA